GCAUGUUUCCACCUCAGCAUCCAACUCACAGGAGAAUACAUCACCAGAAAUAUGGUUGCCUCCUCUCGUACAAGAAGCUUGAGAAAUCGAAAGUCUCGCGGUCGUGGCCUACGCACGACAGAUGGAUGCCUUACGUGUCGCAAACGACACAUUAAAUGCGAUGAGACGAAACCAAUCUGUGGACCAUGCGAGAGAAACGAUAAGCACUGCCAUUAUGCAGCGUCGAAUCCUCGUGGCGCAAGCGACCCUGAGAUUGCCGUCGCUGAUACACAACGAUCGCCCGACCGCCAUGAGCCUGCAGCAAAAGAGACUCACGCCCAGCCGUUUAGCCAUGAGCAGCCCGAGGCGAGUGCAAUACCCUGGACAAAUGGAGAUGCCAAUGAUAUCGUCUCCUCGCAACCACCGUUGGACCAAUCGCCGACUAUUGUGACGCCCACCCAUAAAAGCCCGAUUGCGAUCCACGGAGAUACUACCCAUUUCUCACCCCCAGACGUAUCUGUGACAUCUGCGUCUUUCCCUUCGCCAGACCCGACCGUCAAUGCUGCUGCUUUUCGUUGGUUUGGCCUUCUCGCUAGCGAUGCGGCACGCGAAAGUUCGCAAUUGUCCGUAGCCCUGGUUGGGUUCGAGAACGAAUGUGGUUCGCUUGACCGUUGUGAAAGCGGGGACUUGAACCAGCACACCUCACUUCAGUGUGCUACGCAGGUUUUAGAUCUCCACACUUCCAAUGGACAAUUUGAUGGUAGUGCAGAUGCUGGCUCUGGGAACAGCGCUACUAGUCCGUUGGAAGAACGCCUGUGGCGGGCCCAGGUGCCAAUCGAACUUCCUCCUCGAGAGACUUUUCUAUUUGACAAUUUUAUCCAGCGCAUAAGCCAAUGGAUCCGCAAUGCGGGCCUCAUGAAUUCCAUCCUCGCACUAUCCUGUCGACAUCUCUCGCUCAAUCCCCACCUAGAUAACUCGGAACAGCUACCUAACGAUGAACUAGAACCAGCUAUCGAAUACUACUACCAGACCCUGCACUACGUGCAAAAGGCUAUGCAGUACCAAAGUUACAAGACUAGCCUAGAGCUCCUCGCAACAACGUUAAUAAUAUCUACCUACGAGAUGUUCGAUAGUUCCUCCAACGCCUGGGAGCGACACCUCGAAGGAGUUUUCCUCAUUCAACGGUCCCAGGUUAUCCAUGGCGAAUCUGGAGGUCUCCAGGCCGCAGUCUGGUGGGCAUGGCUCUGCCAGGAUAUCUGGGCCGCAUUUCGCAAAAAGCGCAAGACGUGGACAUUCUGGAUCCCGCAUAAACCCAUACAGUCUCUUUCUCCACAUGAAUUGGCCGCACGCUCGGUAUACAUCACGGCAAAAGUGAUCAAUUUCUGCGCCCAGAUAGGACGGACAUCUGAAAGGGGUAGUCACGACAUGAUGGGGAAAGCGAACCAUCUCCAUGUCAUGCUGGACGAUUGGCAGGAACAGUUGACGAUUGAGUUCUCGCCGCUGCCGUUGGACCUGGAUGGCGUCUCUUCUGUCUUUAAGCCUAAACACAUUCGUCCACCUGCGUUCGCUGUCGCCAUCCAGCUACAUAGUGCUUCGAAGAUCCUUUUGCUUUCACAUGAGCCUAGUCCUGGUGGGCUUAGCAGCUACUGGAAGCGGCAAGUCGUGAUUCAGCGAUGCAUAGAGACGAUCUGUGGCAUUGCCAUGACGCUGAAGGAUGACGCAUCGAGCCUGAUGUCCUCACAGGCUGUGUUUAUCGCGGGCAUGUUUACCCACGAGAGUCGCGCACGCGAGGCUAUCCUAGAUCUACUUGGCUCAUGUCGACAGAGGACCGGCUGGCCCGUGAAACCUCUAGGCGAGGAACUGCAGAAUCUAUGGAACAUGCACGAGAAUGAGGAUAGUUCGGAUAUCAGUUCAACUUUCUUACAUACAUAA